AUGUUCAGUCUCGUGUUUGGCGAGUCCAACCAGCUAUUCCUUACUCCCUUCCGUCGCCUCUCCCUCUCACCCCGCCGUCGCGCUCCUUCCCACUCCGCCAUCGCGUCUCUCUCCAUCCUAGCCGGCGCCCCAAGUAAAACGACGUCGUUGCCGCUCCCUCCCAUCCCGCAUUGCCCCUCCCUCCUUCCCAGCCGCCGUCGCUGCUCCCUCCCAUCCCGCCGCCGCCUCUCCUUCCCUCUCCGCCGUCGCCUCUCCCUCCUCCCCGCCGUCGCCUCUCCUUCCCUCCCCGCCGUCGCCUCUCCCUCAUCUCCGCCGUCGCCUCUCACUCCUCCCCGCCGUCGCCUCUCCCUCCUCCCCGCCGUCGCCUCUCCUCCUCCCCGCCGUCGCCUCUCCCUCCUCCCCGCCGUCGCCUCUCACUCCUCCCCGCCGUCGCCUCUCCCUCCCUCCCGCCGUCGCCUCUCCCUCCUCCCCGCCAUCGCCUCUCCCUCCUCCCUGCCGUCGCCUCUGGCGACAGAAGAGGAGCGCGAGGGGGAGCGUGUGCACGGGAACGCGUCUAUGUUGCGCCUGACGCGUCAGGCGUUUUUGACGCUGGCGUCUGGACGGGGCGUCCAGACGCUUGACGCCCGGUGCCCUCUGCCCUGGACGCCCGCUUGA